UCACAUUUUAUCCUUUGUUUUUAUUUUCAUGACACAAGCAAAAAGGUUGCCAAAGCCAGCGCAUCGUCGUCUUAACUCGACAUUUCCUAGUAAGCAAAGUAAUGCUCGUACAAUCACCCUUGAACCAUGUGUAGGCGCCAGGAAUUUGUGUCUGCUUGCUCAAGCACGCUUGCGCAUUUGUGCUUGUCAAGCAAGCCUUUAAUGGGCUGCUACAUUUGCAAAUAUGUUCCAUGUUGCUGACAAAUGCUUGGAAUUCGAGGACUUGCAGUUGGCAAACGAAAAUACUGAUGCGCUUAUUGUGUGUCAGUUGUUUCCUGCUUAAGCACCCUGCAUCGUUCGAGUAUUGAAUCGAAAUACCGACAUUCAGAUUUCUCAUGUUGUUUGUGUUUGCUGUACCACCGUUUGACAAUACAGCUACUGGAAGUUGAAAGUGUUGUUAGAGAAAGAAAAUAUGAUGUAAGGAAGUGAAAUUUAUUUCUCUGCGUUGCUGGGUAGAUUCCAUAGUGUUGAGUACGUACAUAGCCGCUUACGCCACCGUGAUUUUGAAUGAAACACCUGGGUCUACUCACCUUGAAACUAGUCACUGAGACUUUAACAUAUAAGGUAAACAUAUUCUGAUACGGAAUGAGUGAAGCUUUGAUCAGCAAGACAAUAUUGCAUGCUGGCAGCAAAUGCGUCACCUUCGAGAAAGGAACAAAGGUGGUGUUUCAUUUUCAAACCAGAAGAGCAGGAGAUGAAACUCAGGUUUUGGACGAUAGUAGAAGUAUGGGCAAGCCAAUGGAACUGGUUCUCGGCAAAGGGUUUAAGCUAGAAGUUUGGGAAACUGCAGUAAAAAUGAUGGCAAUACAUGAAGUUGCAAAGUUCAAAGUUGACAAAAGUCUACUUCCUUCCUAUCCAUUUGUGUCUAAAACUCUGCGGGAGUCUCUGAAACCACAUAAGGAGAGGUCCCACCACUGCUGUGCUGUUACACUGCAAAAUGAGGGGACGGGCUAUGAAGACCUGAACCGGCUCAUCAAGGAUCCCUGUGACCUGGAGUUCAUUAUAGAGCUAAUUAAAGUUGAAGGUCCAGAAGAGUACAAGAAAGAAUCUUGGCAAAUGAAUGCAGAUGAGAAACUUUCUGCUGUUCCGAAGUUACGAGAGAGAGGAAAUCAGUUAUACAAGGAGAAGAAUUUUGAUGAAGCAGCAGGCCUUUAUGCUGAGGCCCUUGGCCUGCUGGAGCAGUUAAUGCUAAAUGAAAAACCUGGUGAUGAAGAAUGGAAUGAGCUUAAUAAGAUGAAAAUACCACUGCUGUUAAAUUAUUCACAGUGCAAGUUGUACAAAAGAGAAUAUUAUCAAGUGAUUGAACACUGCAGCACAGUUCUAAAGGAUGAUCCAGGGAAUGUGAAAGCUUUAUUUAGAAGAGCAAAAGCUAAUGUUGGAGCAUGGAAGCCUUUCGAAGCAAGAGCUGAUUUUCAGAGAGUCAUAGAAUUAGAUCCAUCCUUAACUUUGACUGUGAGGAAAGAACUGAAGUUACUGGAUGAAUUGGAACGGAUAAAGAAUGAAGAAGACAGAGCAAAACUGAAAGGAAAGAUAUUUUAAUUUAUUUGUGUAUUAAUUUUUGACUCCAUUGUGACAAUUAAGCUCGUCCUACACUGUUUUUAAAAUACUACUACUACUGUUACAAUAUACAGUACUGUCAAAACAUUACUGUGAUGGUAGGCCAUUUAACUAAUUCAUUUUGCUUGAUUUUCAAAUCUGCAUUUGUCAUGUGAAAGCUAGUGACACAAAAACAUGUGGUUUAAUUUCAAGUAAAAUCUACAGAAUGACCAUCAAAAUAAUAAUACUGCCAACAAUUUGUAGUCGGCUAGGGUUGCCUUAACUCAGUUAUUUACAGCUUCAGUCUGAUGUUUAAAUAAACUGAAAGAAAUCCCUCCAGUAAUUUCACUGUCGCUGUUUUGUAGUUAAGAGGUAUUCAUUUAGCAUAUAUUGGUGUUCACUGUUUCAAAUUCUGAGCCAAAGUAACCGCAAAUUGGGGCUAUAUUGCUCAUUAUUGUCAUUUUCAUUAAUAAUGGGUACUUUUAUACUCUUAGGCCAAAGAAAUAUCAGAUAUUAAGUAAUUUUGGUAACAAAGGAAGCAAAUAUGGUGUUAAGCCAGGGAAUAGGGAUUUAUUUCUAAGAGCAUUUUAUACUGAGCAAAUUCUUAGGAAAACAAAAAAAUAAGUCGGUAGGCAGUCUUACAUACAGCAUGUACUAGAGACAUGACUGCCACAAGUAAAUGAAAUAAAGGACUGUAUAGAAAUAUUUAAACAGAAGAGUAGGAGAUGCUCCAGAACCUACAGUGCUUGUCUGACUUGGGCUCUUGACAAUAUCUUCUCUUGGAAAGUAGCUUCGGUGGAAAUUUCCUGUCUUCCAACACGUGACUAGGAAUGUAUCAGUGUGUCUUACUUCUGCAGUCAUUGCCGCAAUUAUUGACAAAAAUGGAGCAGAUAUAGCUCCAUUAAUACAAGUCAAAUUCAAGAUGAAGAGUGCCUGAAUUGUAAGAAAUGAAAUAUUCAUUCCAAUGGGAAGUGUGUUCUGUGCCAUGUUAUUGCAGAACUAGAGUAAGAAAGUAGUUCAAGAAAGGCAAAAACUAGUAUUGAACUCUUGUCUUCGUCUGAUCAGCAGUACAAUGUACAAUAUCUCAGGCAACUGUUACUGCAGUAAGAAAGCAGCAAAAUGUAUUGUGUGAGUCAUAUAACUUACUAUUACAUAAUUUGAAGGUGAUUUAUUAUCCAAGAUACUAGAAGAGACACAUUAACAUGUAAAUAUGAUUUGCUGGCACAGAAUGAUUUUUAAAAAAGUAGUUUUCAAGCUCUACUCACAACCAGAAAAAAGCUGAAACAUUGUCCUUGAAGCACACCUAAGAGCAAUUGCAAUCCUGAUAACUCCACUCUAUUCAACAAAAAGUGUGAAAUGCGUGAGAAAAACAGUGAAAAAUGGUAUUCUGUGAAUGAAGUGCAGUACUGUGCGCCACUAACUAUGAACUUAAAAUUCAUCCGUCUGUGAAAGAAAAUAGGCAAGUCAUCUAGAUCAAAAGUGCACAGUGUGCCACCCCAUUAACAUGAAAACUAUGUAUAUCGAUAAUUCUGCAUAUGGAAAUGAAUAUUCAUCUAUAUUGGAAGAACUGAGUACUGAAGACAUAUUUCUAAGCAAAGGGUAUCACUAUCAAAAUAAAUAAGUAAUAAAUCUACCAGGGAAGACAUAAAAAAAGUGCUGUCACCAGUCUCAAUUCUCUUCAAAAAACCUUGUCCGCCCACACAGUAGCAUGAACGAAGUCUUAAGGCAGAGCCCAUUUGUUUGGAUUUGUGGAUCUCUAUGAGCAAUUUUGGUCCCCACUGAGGCAGAAUUUUUGGUAGCAUAAUGAAUAGUUUUGUAUGAGGGGGUCACGGAUACAAGAUAUUUGCAGGAAUUCGUCGGGCAAGUUCAGAGGUGGUGUCACCUGUUCCAUCAAUUUUCUUGACAAGGUCAUUACUCUUUCCAUUAUGAAUGUUUGUUCUCUCACUUUUAAAAAAUUGGAUCCAUUGCCACACAACACAGUCACUCAUAAAGUCCCCGUCAUAUAAAUUACACAACUGAUGCUGAAUGUAUGAUGCUGAACAGUUUUGCACUGAAAUAAACCUUAUUACUGCUCACAUUUCGUAGGAUUUUUUAUUAUGACACUCAUGUUUUGAGGUUAUAACAACUGAAUGUGCAAAAGAAUAAGGUUCAUACUUCCACAGCUAGAAUCGGAGAACCUACAGAUGUGACAAUGGCAGCGCUCUACACACAAAUUGUAGCAUCAUACUGGAAUGGUGGUUACUUUCCUAACCAUCCACAUACGUAAAGAUGUAAGUCUGAACUAGGUAUGACAUGCAAGAUGCGGCCUCCAUCUUCAUUAUAGAAACACAAAAUUGAUUAUAUUAAAUACAUGCAGUUAUGAGAAAAACAGUAAAGAGGAACAACAUAAUAAACCUGUGACACCACUGUCAUAAUAAAGUUGAUAAUCAGGAAAACUAAGGAGAUGGACCAGCUCUCUAUUAGAACACUUGUGUGUAAUGUUUUUGCACAAUAAUGUGCAGUCUCUUAAGAAUACAGUUAUUAAACUUAAGUAUUGUCUUCAAAACUUAAACUGCAGUGUGCUUUCAGUAAUGAACACUGACUUAGCAAUGCAGAACCAAAAUUACGUAUAUUAUUUGAUUAUGAAUUGCCCACCCACUACUGUGGCAAAAAAUAUUAUGAACCUAACCUAUGAAGUCAUAGAUGUAAGUGAACUGUGCACAGGGACAAAAUUUGAAGCUGCAGCCAUAAUGUUGCCAAAAUGUUGCUUCAGUAUACUGCCACCCAAAUCACAAUGAAGGUUUGUUCUUUUAAUUGCUGGAGAGACUAACACACUUGCUACUUAAACACAAAGAUUACAGAAUAUUAAUAUUUGCCGGUGUAAUACGGACGUAAGAUUUAAAAAAAAAAAUGUUAACCAUUUCAUAAAUAUAUAAAGAUCUAUUAACAUAUAUUGCAUAAAUGACAAACCCACAAGGCAGGCAGCAUGCCUAGAUAAUAUAAUACAUAUUUUUCACCGAAAUGAAACAGAAUUUGUCAUCUUCAGGCUAUACAUUGUGUGAUCACAACAAGCUUAGACAAACUCUAGCAAGUAAAGUAGCUGAAAUUUCCAGUGUACAUAGACGAAUAAAAGACCAGUUAAUGACUCAAAUCAAACAAUGGAAAAUCCAGGAUGGAAUGUAACAAUACCAGAGAAGGAAAGUUGCUACUCACCAUAUAGCGGAGAUGCUGAGUCGCGAUAAGCACAAUAAAAAGAUUCACACAAUUAAAGCUUUUGGCCAUUAAGACCUUUGUCAGCAGUAGACACACACACACACACACACACACACACACACACACACACACACACACACACACACAAACGCAACUUGCACACACAUCAGCAGUCUCAGAGAGUUGAGACCACACUGCGAACAGCAGCACCAAUGCAUGAUGGGAAUGGCGACUGGUUGGGGGUAAGGAGGAGGCUGGAGCAGGGAGGGGGAGGGAUUGUAUGGUGGGAGUGGUGGACAGUCAAGUGUUGCAGUUUAGACGGAGGGCGGGAGAGAAGGUGCAGAAGGGGUAGAGGGUAAGUAGCAUAAAGGAGAGAAAUAAAAGAAAUUAAAAGACUGGGUGUGGUGGUGAAAUGACGGCUGUGUAGUGCUGGAAUGGGAACGAAGGUUGAAGCCAGGAGGGUUACGGGAACGUAGGAUGUAUUGCAGGGAAAGUUCCCACCUGCGCAAUUCAGGAAAGCUGGUGCUGGUGAGAAGGAUCCAUAUGGCACAGGUGAUGAAGAAGUUAUUAAGGUGAGGGAUAUCAUGUUUGGCAGCAUGAUCAGCAACUGGGUGGUCCACUUGUUUCUUGGCCACAGUUUGUCGGUGGCCAUUCAUAUGGACAGGCAGCUUGUUGGUUGUCACGCCUACAUAGAAUGCAGCACAGAGGUUGCAGCUUAGCUUGUAAAUCACACGACUAGUUUCACAGGUAGCCCUGUCUUUGAUGGGAUAGGUGAUGCUAGUGACCGGACUGGAGUAGGUGGAGGUAGGAGGAUGUAUGGCACAGGUCUUGCAUCUAGGUCUAUUACAGGGGUAUGAGCCAUGAGGUAAGGGAUUGGGGGUUGUGUAAGGCUGGACGAGUGUAUUGAGUAGGUUCGGUGGACGGCGGAAUACCACGGUAGGAAAGGGUGGGAAAGAUAGUGGGCAGGACAUUUCUCAUUUCAGGGCAUGACGAGAGGUAAUCGAAACCCUGGCGGAGAAUGUAAUUCAGUUAAUAACAUAUGUGGCUGCUUUCACAAGUGGCUCUGCAUUUGUGUAUAAAUAUUAUUUGGAACCUUUUACACUGAAAUUAGCUUAAUCCAUACAGAAUCACUCUUCAAAACCUGUUAUCAAUAUUAUUUCACAUUAAAUGUUUAAAUUUUGUUGUUGAAAAUCAGGAUGUCAGUGUUUGUUUGGAAAUUUGUUGUUUGUUUUUGAUUGAAAAAUAACAAUAGAAGUCUGUUUUUGGAAUGAAUGUGUUUAGAGCUUUUUAAUUCAAAAAUGUACAUUGUCAUACAAUUUGAUCAUUACUGCUAAAUUACAAUUAGAAGGGCUAAUAAUAAAAUGUUAAACUUCAAAUAGGAUGCUCACUCUUAAGAAUACAAAUGAAGUAUAACUAAAUUUCGUAUUAGGUUUUAAUGAAAAGGCAUAAAUAAUAGUUCUUAAAAUGAAAACAACUGAAAAAUUUAAAACUUAGGUUUAAUUUCUAACUAGUAAUUAACAAUUAAUUUCCCCAGGCACAAUCUCCACUUGGUCAGCAAAACCCUGGAUCACUGAGGCAUUCACACUCAUCACAAUUUUCAUUGCUACGAGGGGUUUUCUUGUGCUGUUAAGUACUUCCUUGAACCACUUCACUUUUUUAUGUCUUACCAAGCUGUACCAAAAUGCUUUUGAAGAAGUUUAUUCACAUUCUGUAGUUUGCCUUCUUUCACAUUGAUUCCGAGACCAAUCUCUCCGUAUUGUAUAUCGUGUAAAUAUUUUUCUUUGCUUAUUAUUGGCUUUGCUGUAUCAGUUUCCAAGUGAUGUGGAAGAUCAUCUUGGGAAAGAAUGUUCCCAUUUCCAGUUUUAUGCAUAAUGAUUCCCUUGCACUGAGAGAUCUUGAAGUGUAACUGUGCAGCUGACUUUACUGACUCUUGAGCUGCAUGUUUCCAGUUUAAUGGUUUCCUGUCCUGCUCUACCACCUUCAGUGUGGUAUUCUGCAGCACUUAAAAUGAUUUUUGGUCUUUUUACACCUUUUCUCAACCAUUCCAAAAACACGGUCAGCAGGCAAGAAGGAAUGACCAGUAAUGGGAAAAACUAGUUUCAUUUUUUUGAUGCCAGUGGGUGCAUGAUCACGCAGUGACUUUCCGCACAUAGUAAAAACAUUAAUGUUCUCGUUUCGGCUGGUGCACCCAUCAGCAGCAAAUCAUUGCAUUCUUAUAAUAUGCCAUGUGGAGACAAUUCAGCUCAUUAAAAACAACCGAUAAAACUUCAUUAGGUGAUUUCUUUCACUGAUCUGUAGUCCAAGUGUAUAUUGUAACAUAUCAGGGUUCAGGCAAUCACUUGACAAACCUUCUGUGACAGACAGAUGAUAGCAAUACAAUUGCCCACUGUAACACACAGAUUGGUCACUAAGUUUUGGAAGAACAAGAUUUCUAUCAACAGUCAUAAUAAAUCAAGAAACAAUUAUCAUCUUUAAUAUUCAAGUCUUGAAAAAAGCAUGAAUUGUUUUCUCUCUCUCCAGUUGCUUCUUCCUAUCAGUGUCUUUCUUAACCUCCUCUAUUUUGACAUCGAGUUGCAGGCAAGUGCCACAGUCAUCUUCAGUAGGUCUGGAAAGUCCUAUGUUGAAUUUACUGCUAAAAAUUUUGUAAAAGAAAGUCCAGCUGCCCUUCUGAAACUUUCUCUUCAUUGUAGGCUUUGAAAAGUUUUCCAAUACUUACAUCAGAUGAAAGAUAGAUCCUAGCAGUCUUUCCCCUGCUAUAAUGACUUUUGCAGCCUUGCAGACUUUUCAUAAAUGAUCUUACAGCUUCUCGCUUUUUCUCAUACUUUUCCCCCUUGUAGUCUCUGCAAGUCUCAACAGGCACUUGAGCAUGGCCACUUUUGAAUCUUGUAAACAAACCUAUGCUUAGUAAUUUUGAGGACUGUUAGAAAAGUAUCUCGACAGAUAGAUUGCAAGUUACCAGCUUCCUUUCAAAUGGUAUACUCAUAUGUAAAACCCUUAGGUUUCCGUAUGCAUCCUGAAUUCACCACACUAGGAAUGUUAGCUCUCACAUACUUCAAGACAGAUUCCAUUUUUAAAUAAUUUAAUUAAUUAAUUACUUAAACUGAAUGUUUACGCAGGAACGAGCCAAAAUGAUCUAGAACCAUACACAUCAAAAUGAAGCAUAAAAGUAGCUGCCAUGACAGUUUUAACUGGUCAUAUUAUGAAGUCCAGAUAUCUGAUAGGUUUAUAAUCAAGUGUUCACCUUUGGUUGAAACUUUACUGCCAUAUGUCCACCUUUUGUUUGAACUGCUGCUGUUUAAUGUUCAUUUCUUUAUAUUUAUGUCUGAAUUUGCGCAGCUCUACUUCAGGGUACGCUCGGCUGCAGAAGGAAAAUUCAUUCAGGACACAAUAAAAACAGUUUUAAUUUUGCUCCAGUCUUGCCCCCCUUUCUUUCCCUUCACUGGUCUUAUGUAGUCUUAUCACUAUUACUGAAAUUAGGGCAUUGAGAAGUAUCUACACAAAACUGUGUUUUUUAAACUAUCCAUUUCUAUCACAAAUAGAAUGUUUAUUUGAAGGCACCGUGAUCACCAAGGUAAUAUAUUAUCAGAACAUUUACUCUGCCAAACACAAUACUUAAGAUUUGAAUGUCAUACCAGACACGACGUAAAUAUAGAACAUUCCCCAAUUAUUAAGAAUAAAUAUUGCAAGAUAACUAAGUAUUCAUGUAUGAAUUUAAAUUGAUAAACAGGAUGUUGUUCCGUAAUAAAUUGACAAAAAAUGAUGCAUUAGAGGAUUGAUCUUCUUAUACCAAUGUUUUUUUACUAUUUAGUGAGUGGUUCUACCACUGGUGCUAAUGUCUUGAGUAGUUCAGCUGGAUGCUUGUUGGAUCAUUCUCUCUGUUAUGCUUAACCUACGUUAACCACAAAUAUAAGCAAGGUGGGAACAUUAUCUCGAUUCAUUUAACAAGUUUAACUUAGUGACCUGCUACUACAUAAUUUCUUACAGUUAAAUUAACUUCCUAGCUCGUAUUACUGUAACACUCACCAUGUAGUUGAGGUGUUGAGUGAUUGAUAGGCACAUAAAUGAUCAAGAAAUGUGUGUGUGUGUGUGUGUGUGUGUGUGUGUGUGUGUGUG